UCACUGAGCUUUUGAUAUGUGGCGCUCUUACCUGGCUGAGAGAUCACAAUGAGCAUUAUAAGGCCGAAUUAAUGAGGAAAGUUAAAGAAAAUGAAAAUGCAAAAGAUGAUGAUGGUCCUGACUGGUUCAGUGCAGCCACUAAGAGACUGGAAGAAAAGGAGGAGAUUAGGAAGUGUCAGCUUGCACUUCAGGAGCUGGAGAAGCAAGAGAAGAAGGUGCAGGCACUUAAAGAACGACGACAUGUUAUCAAGAAAUUAAAAAGUACAAUGAAUGAGCUGUUGCCACCUGAAGAUUUUCCAUUCCCUUUCCCUCCCUAUGACAUUCAGAAGGACUUCAUGAAAAAUUUAUUUUCUACACUGGAGAAGGAACAGCUUGGGAUAUUUGAGAGUCCCACAGGGACAGGCAAGUCACUGAGCUUGAUAUGUGGCGCUCUUACCUGGCUGAGAGAUCACAAUGAGCAUUAUAAGGCCGAAUUAAUGAGGAAAGUUAAAGAAAAUGAAAAUGCAAAAGAUGAUGAUGGUCCUGACUGGUUCAGUGCAGCCACUAAGAGACUGGAAGAAAAGGAGGAGAUUAGGAAGUGUCAGCUUGCACUUCAGGAGCUGGAGAAGCAAGAGAAGAAGGUGCAGGCACUUAAAGAACGACGACAUGUUAUCAAGAGGUCAAAUGUCCAGAAAGUUGAUGAUGAGUUUGAAGAGUUGUUUCGAGAUUUGCACGAAGUACAGGAAAAUGUUCGACGAGAAUUAAGCUCCAUUAGUGGUGGAGAGAUGCUAUCACCUGAGGAGGCAUCUUUGUUACUAGAUGACUACUGCAGUGAUGAUGAGGCACAGAAGAGCAGUAAGGAAAAUGAAGAGGAAGAUGACAGUGGUUGUUUAAAAAUUUAUUACUGCAGUCGUACUCAUUCUCAGCUGUCACAGUUUGUGCAUGAGGUGCAGAAAACAGCAUUUGGGGAAGAUGUGAGAGUUGUAUCAUUAGCAUCUCGACAAAACCUGUGUGUUAAUGAGGCAGUCAACAAACUUGGUAACAUGUCCCUUAUUAAUGACAAGUGCUUGGAUUUACAGCGGGGCAAAAAGGGUCAAGCCACCAAGUGUGAGGGAGAUGGUACAACAAGCAAGAAGAAAAAACGCUCAUCUGGUUGUCCAUAUUUCCGGCAGACUGGCCUAGAAAUCUUUGCUGAUCAGCUACUCUUGGAAGUUCAAGAUAUAGAGCAGAUGGUAAUCCUUGGAAGGAAGUCCAAAAGUUGUCCAUACUAUGGAGCAAGACAUGCAAUAAAGGAUGCUCAGCUGGUUGUGCUCCCGUACAAUACACUUCUCCACAAAGGCACGAGGGAAGCCACUGGUAUAAAACUAAAAGGAAACAUUGUGAUUGUUGAUGAGGCUCAUAAUCUCUUGGAAACUAUUUCAAAUAUCCAUUCAGUAUUUGUCAGCCAUGGACAGUUGCAAGGAGCUCAUGCACAGCUCAGUCAAUACAUGCAGCGUUAUGGCAAGAGGCUGUCUGCAAGAAACCUAUUGUAUAUCAAGCAGAUACUGUUUUUUAUGAGUGCUUUAAUAAAAUUACUUGUGGGAGGUUCAGAAGUUUGUAAUAGCUUGGGUAGCAGUAGUGUCAGAAAUGCCAUUGUGAGUGUGAGCAGUAAAACACCUACAAUGCAGAUGUUCACAGUAUCAAAGUUUUUAUGUGAUACCCUCACUGACAACCUUAAUAUUUUCAAACUUGUGCAAUACAUAGAAAAGAGCAAAAUUGCUCAUAAGCUACAUUCCUUCAGUCAACACUUUGAAGGAUCAGUGAAGGUUCAUCAGGACCAGAAGAACUCUGUGUCAUCUUCAGCUACAACUUCUGCUUUCCUGGCCAAGAUGGCUGCCCAAAAACCUUUACACAAUAAAGCCAAAGAAAAUGCUCGGCCAGCAGCUUCUACAGCAAAAAAAGUUGAAGUUGAGGUUGAAGCUGAAGAGGAGGAAAUUGUGAUGGGCUCUCCUUUGAUGCAGAUAACUGAACUGUUGCGAGCUCUUUUACAUUCCACUGAGGAUGGUCGAGUGGUUGUGACUGUCGGUCCUACCCCUCGGAGAUCAUCAAUAAAAUAUCUCCUUCUCAAUCCAGCUUCUCACUUCCAUGAUGUUGUGGCACAGUGCAGGUCAGUAAUUGUUGCUGGGGGCACCAUGCGACCCAUUAGUGAGUUCCGGGAUCAACUUUUCGUCUCAGCUGGUGCCGACCCUAGUCGAGUGCAUGAGUUUUCCUGUGGCCAUGUUGUCCCUGCAGAGCAGAUCAUACCUAUUGCUCUCACUCAAGGCCCCACAAAUGUUACCCUAGACUUCACUUACCAGCAUAGAGGAGAUACCAGGGUGCUGGAUGAAUUGGGCCGUGUGCUGGUGAAUAUAUGCACAAUAGUACCAGGAGGAGUGGUUUGUUUUCUGCCAUCUUAUGAUUACGAACAAAAGGUGUUUUCCCACUUCACCACCUCUGGGGUGAUAACCAGGCUGUCAUCUAAGAAAAAGGUAUUUCGUGAACCGAAAAAAUCAAAUCAGUUAGAGAGUGUGCUGAAUGACUUUUCGAAGACUGUGCGACUGACAGCAUCAAAUACAAAUGGGCUUACUGGCUCAUUGCUCUUCAGUGUUGUUGGUGGGAAGAUGAGUGAAGGCAUUAACUUCAGUGAUGGCCUGGGACGAUGUGUGGUUAUGGUCGGACUUCCUUACCCAAACACACAGUCUCCAGAACUUAAGGAAAAGAUGCUUUUUCUCAAUAAACAUGUGUCUUCAGGGCCUGAUGGAAAGUCUGCUGGCUCCAUCUUCUACGAAAACCUAUGCUUUAAGGCAGUGAAUCAGUCUAUAGGCCGAGCUAUCCGUCACAGGAAUGACUAUGCCAGCAUCCUUUUAUUAGAUCAUCGGUACUGUCGCCCAUCAUCCAUACAGGCACUGCCAGAAUGGAUAUCCAAGCAUGUGCAACCAUGUACCAAGUUUGGUCAAGCAUUUAGCUUACUGAGGAAGUUUUUUGCAGAUAAGAAGAUACUCUCAACUACCUAGAAGAAAUCUAUUAGUAACCUGUUUAAAAAGUCAAUACAUACUGUAUAUAUGUACAGCCUCUCCUCAUUUAACGACGGAGUUCCGUUCCUGAGACCACGUCAUUAAAUGAAUUUGUUGCUAUACAAGGAGCAUACUAUAAUGGCAGUGAGUUUGUGUCAACCAUCUUUGAUAUUGUUUUAAUGUCAUCUUUGCACGAUUUAUAACAUUUCUGGUAUAUUUUUAAAUGUUUAUACAGUAGUGUACUGUACAGUGGACCCUCAGUUAACGAUAUUAAUCCGUUCCAGAGAGCUUGUCCUUAGCCGAUUUUAUCGUUAUCCCAAUUAAUUUUCCCCAUAAGAAAUGAUGAAAAUCCAAUUAAUCCGUUUCAGACACCCAAAAGUAUUAACAAAAAAUCUUUUUUUUUAAAGAUUAAAUAUAGAGAUACAGAAAACAAUGACAAAUACAAUAUAAAGCACUAAUAAAAUGGAUAAAUGAACGUUUAACAUCACACUUACCUUUAUUGACUCUUGUUGGUGUAUGGAAGACAGGAGGCGAGAGAAAGGCAAGUUUAUUAUGUUUCAAUAUGACACUAAUAUCAUCUCUAUGGUUUAUUUAUCUAUCACAAUUCAUCUAAUAUGACAUAAUAAACAAUAUUAAAAACAUAGAAACAUGAUAUGUACUCUAGAAUGAAUAAAAUAUGUCACAAUGUAUGUGAGGAGUAAAGUGAUGGAUGUGUUGUUGUUUGGCUUAUAAAGGCCACUGAGAGAAGCUGUACAUAUUAGUGGUGGUGGAGGUGGCAGCAGAACCCACCACCAUUAUUCACACUUAAACAAUGUAUGUAAUUUAUAAAUAAGAAAGAUUUACAUUUUAAUUUAUAACUAAAAAAUAUUUACAUUUCAUUUAUAAAUAAGUUUAUUCAGGUAUACAUAAAUACAGUUACAUACAUAGAUUAUCAUACAUAGCAGCAUGUGUGUAAAGUAUCUAGGAUAACCCAAAAAAGUCAGAGUGACUUAUUUCCAUUGGGGUCCUUUUAUAUUUACACAUAUUUACUUUUAUACUCACACUUAUAUUUACACUUGCCUUGGAGGAGAUGUUAGUUUAAUUCGUUAGUUUGAUGGAGAUGCUGGCAGAGGUUUAGGGUGGUGGAAGGUAGCAGGGCGGUUUAUGUUCAUUGGCCCUGUACACAUCCAACAACAUUGGAGAAUUACUUUCGUGUUGUUUUUCUUUCACUUACUCGCUUAACUUACUUGCUACAAUGUUAAUUCUACAUUUUAUCACUGGCUGGCACUAUAGCCUUUAUCGAUACCUGCUGCUUUAGUAUCAUACAUGUCGUAGAAUCACUGAAUCACUGCAGAAGGCACAUUCUUCCCUCUCUCUUCCUCCUCCACUUUGGUACUUUGCUACGAGUUUUUCUUGAAUUCUAUUGUGUUUCUUUCCUUCUUUACCACAGGGCUGGCACUAGAAGCUUUCUUUGGGCCCAUGGUGGCUUAUUUAGCAGUUACAAGCACUAAAAACAAUGGAAUAAUAUAAAAUAUAUCACAUGUAUGCGUGGAAUUGUCCUCACUGGCUUGUAAAUAAUGGCACACUGGCUGUACAUGGAUACAUGGAGUGGUUGCCUGAGUGGACAUGUUCAGGACGAAUGUCCUUAACCGAGUUCUUGUUCGGUAACCAAGCCAAUAUUUUGACACAAAAAGUAUCGCUAUCCGAUGGCAUCAUUAACUGAGGGUCCAUUGUAUAUUGAAAUAAACAGAAUACUGUAGAGGAUAUCAGCCCUAAUAUACAUUAUUUAGGUAUGAAUACUAGUCAGAGCCUGUCGUAAGUCCGAGGCAUCGGUAAAUGAGUACGUUGCUAAGUGAGGAGAGGCUGUAUAUAAAUUUUAUAGUGCAUAUUCCUACAAAUACUUCAACCAUAUAAGAUAUAGACAUUACUUAAGCCUAAUAUGUAUUUGAAACAAACUUGAAAAUCUGUAGAACAUGAAAAAAUGGCUAUUGUGUUUUAUGCUUUAGAAAAAAAAUAGAGAGAUUACUGGAUGAAAAUUAGAUUACCAACACUUGUGUAAAAAUGUAAAUGAACGCCAGAGUUUAAUCUAUUUGAUGCUGUUUUGUUCGUGGGUAAAAUAAUAUGUAAUCUCUCAAAUUUGGAAGCCAAGUUAAAAGUGUAUUCCAGAGAGAAUUUAAAGCAGUAUAAUAACACAACUUUCUUUUACUUUCAUUUAUUUAUUUAUUUGUUUGCCUUAAUCCUGCCUCUAACUUUCAACAGGCUUACAUGACAUAGUGUAGCUUCGAUAUAUCUAUUUGCGAACCUUUUAUGUAUUUUCAAUUCGUUUAUGAUUUCAAGACUAGCAUCAUGCCAGUUAUGAUUACUGUUAUAUUUAAGGAAAAGCAUUAAAUUUGUAGGGCUCAAACAGCACCUGGGGAAUGGGAGACAGUCAGGUUCAGUCCAAGGAAGGACAGGUUCAAUUCAUUGGAUCAGGAGCCCCUCUGGCAUAAAGGAACAACUGUUGAGAAUUCAUGUAGCACCUGGAUAAUGGGAGGCACUAAAUCCCUUUUGGAUUUAGUGCUUAAAUUGAUAUUUAGGUUUAGUCCAAGGAUGGGGAGGUUUAUGUAUUAUUAAAUGAGUUAUACACAUUAAUGACUGGAGCAAUAAAGGUCUCAGAUGACUAGAGCAUGUAAAUAAUUACAGGGGGUGGAAAUAGAGCUUGAUACCUUACAGCUCCUAGACAGAACCUUGGUCAAAAGCUAGGAGGUAAAGUAUUAUGUUAUUUUAUUUAUUUGAUCAUCUCUUUAUGCCAACGACAUGUAGCACAUGUAGGCGCUGACUAUCAGCAUGUAGCACCCUCUCCAGAAUGCUAAUGAUCAUGCUUCCCACUGGGCCACCUCUUGUGGGUAUAAAUUUUGCUACUACAACACAUCAGCUUACUUUCAAAAGAUGCCCUGUUGUAAGUCAAGACUGUUCUGUACCUGUGUAGUUUUUGUAUCCCUGAACUGGAUAUGAUCAGAUUUCUUGGUCUUCUGUUUGAUCACUGAAUGUCUUGGAAGUCUCGUAAUCUCCCUGAAAACUGCAUGUUAAAGCUUCGUGAAACUCCUUAAAACCCAAGCCUGCCUACCCUGGGAGGCUGAUAGAUGCACUUUUUUUCCACUGUCAUCUUGUCUAAACUAGACUUUGAUGACCACCUAUAUUCUUCAGCUUCUCAUUACCCAUUCAUCAUCACAGGUGUGAAGGCUUACUCAGCCCUGUAAUAACUUCAGACAGUAUUACCAAGGCUGGCUCCUCCUCAGGAAAAUUAAUGAAUAGAAAAAGAAAUAAUAACAGACAAACAUAAACACUUUAUUAUAUAGAAAAUAUAAAACACUUAAAUAUGAAAUAUUAAUCCUACAUUAAAGAAAAUGAAAAAUGAAAAAUAUAAGUGAUAACCGAAUUCAACACUAAUAUAUAUAUAGGGGUGUCUGGUGUUGGUGACACUGUGUUGUUGAAAUCGUAGCCGUUGCUGAUGAUGGGGGGGGGGUCACACGUUCUUUACCGCUGCAAUGAUGAGGGAUUACGUCCUGCAAUUUCAUACAGGUGCACAGGUAAUUAAAUCCAAAAAGGGGAAGUCUCAGGACGUUAGUCCAUCUCCACCAGUUCUUCUCGUUGAUUGACAGGUGACCCUCUCUGUCAUCCAAGCUGAAAAGAUAGACAGGUUACCCACUGCUUAACCCUUUCAGGGUCCGUCCCGUAGAUCUACGGCUUUACGUUCAGGGUCCAAACCGUAGAUCUACGCCAUGAGCUCAGCUCUCACUGAUAAACUGUGAGUGGUACAUUUGGGCCUAGAUAUGAGAGAAUACAUCUAUGUGGUAUGUGUGCACCACAUAAAACAGAUCCUCCAGCACACUGUGUAUAAUGAGAGAAAAAAAAUGAAAUCAUGAUUUUUCGAUUAAAACAGCAACUUUGCAGUGUUUUUUCGUAUGUUUUUUAUAGUUGUAUUUGCGAUUUCUUGGUCUCAUUUGAUAGAAUGGAAGACAUAUUACAGAAAUAGAGAUGAUUUUGAUUGGUUUUAGCACUGGAAAUGGCUUGAAACUGAGCUCAAAGUAGCAGAAAUGUUAAAUUUUUUGCCGAUAUUCAAGAGUAAACAAACGACCUCACACGUCUAAUACACGUCAGCUGGUGGGUCUAAUAUACAUUCACAAAUAUGGUGAUGAUAUUUAUACAAUUAUUACAGUAUUGCAUAACAGUAAAUCUUCUAUUUUUUUGGUGUGAAUAAAAAUUCAUUAUGUGAAUAAAAAAUCAAAAUGGAAUUUAUUUGUAAAGCCUCAAAACAUAACUAAUGAACAGAGGAAAUGUUAGUUUAGUGCCAGGAAUGCCUACAUUGUUCAUUCUGGACCCUAUUUUGAAAUUGGAAUAUUUUAAACUUUGUGUUAAAUUGGCCAAAUUAACAAUUUCCGAUCACUUUAUUUUGUAGUUGAAACAGUUGACUUGGCGAUUUCUUGUGCUCAAUCGAUAGAAUAGAAGUAAUACUAGUGAAAUAGCUAAGAAUUUGGUUGAUUGGAAUAAUGUAAUUGGCCUAAAAUGGGAGUCAAAGUCGGCAAAAUCGCCGAUUCGUAAAUAUCGCUGACACAUAAAAUAUCCGCGAGAGCAUAAUUUCGUCAAUUUUCCACCAAAUUUCGUACUUUUUGUUUUAUUACCUUCACAAAAAGAUUCUCUACGAUUUCAUAAGAAAAAAUAACAAAUUUUUUUUUUGAAAAUUCUUGGACACUGGUGCGUGACUCCAGAUUUGGGCCUUGGACCCUGAAAGGGUUAAAUAAUCACUCUCCAUGAUAAGUACAAUACCUAAAAGAUGUGGUGAUUAUUACAAAAGUCAACAUAGAGCAAGGCUGAAAAGACUAAGUUUAUUAUUGGUCAAAAGUGAAGCUUUCAACCCAUAAAU